AAAUGGGAGGAGAUUGAGACUGAGUGGCCGGAUGAAAAGGGAAAGUCCAGGCCCACAGGAGGCCCCUGGGUGAAGGCAGAGGCUAACAUGGGGUUUGGAGCAACUGUAGCCAUUGGCUUGACCAUCUUUGUGCUGUCUGUUGUGACCAUCAUCAUCUGCUUCACCUGCUCCUGCUGCUGUUUGUACAAGAUGUGCCGCCGGCCUCGACCCAUUGUGACCACCACCACGGCUACCACUGUGGUGCAUGCCCCUUACCCUCAGCCUCCAAGCGCACCCCCUAGCUACCCUGGACCGACGUACCAGGGCUACCACCCCAUGCCCCCCCAGCCGGGGAUGCCAGCAGCACCUUACCCGAUGCAGUACCCACCACCCUACCCAGCCCAGCCCAUGGGGCCUCCAGCCUACCAUGAGACCUUGACUGGAGGUGCAGCUGCCAGUCAGCCUCCAUACAACCCAGCCUAUGUGGACCCCCCGAAGGCAGUCCCUUGAGUGUACCCCAUCUCUCUGGGUGCCACUGAAUCGUGUGCGUGCGUGUGUGUGUGUGUGUGUGUGGUAUAUAGGCACAGUUUUUACUACCCUAUGUACAUUGUAUGUGACGUGUGGCUUCCUCUGAUGUCAACCGGGUGAGCUAGGACCAAACUUUGUUUUCUUCACUUGGAAUUAUACGUCCUGAAAUCUCAAGCAAAUUUGAAGAAUGGAGUGGGCAGUCUUUCCCAGCUCACCCCAGAGUGACUAGGUGCCACCUGUCACACUAGGUUAGCAUAGCUUUUUUGGGCAUCAUUCAAAUGCCUGGUUGUGGGAAUGGCCAGCCAGUGCCAGUGAUGGGCUCUCCCCAAGGCCCAGUCCUCUGGGCAGAUGUUUGGUUGUCCCCUGUGCCAUGCUCACUGGAGGUUGGUCAGCUCCUAAGCUGGGAACACUCAGGCAGACCCUGCCCACCUGACAGCUCCCUGUCCCAGCUGUCCCUGCAGCCUCCCUGGGACUGCCUGGGCAGCCAGUGCACUCGAGUCUAGUGGCCCAUGGAGAAGCUUUCCUGCCCUUGCUGAACUGGCUCCUGCCACAGGUGGGCAGUGGGGUCUCUGUCCACCAACACACUCAGGUCUCCCUGCAGUGUUUUUGUGUUACUUUUAGCCAAACAUUUUACUUGUCUGUUUAAAAAUGUGAUAGCUGAUGUUAGGCUUUGAAAUGUGUGGAGAAUAGUUCUACAGAAGAGGGGACGACCUGACCUCUGGUAGUCCCUGCUUGCCCUGACAGCAGCUUCAUAGAAUAUCCAACUCCAGUACCCAGGUCACAGUUUGUCCCGGCAGCAGGGACACAAGGGCCAAGGGGCUCUCUGGACGAAAGGGGGAUGGUAGGCGUGGGUGGCAUCUCUGGCCCCAACUUGAAUACCUCGGAGUUCCCCGUCACUAUUAAUGUCUUACCAGCUGUCUUAGCUUUGUAUCUGUUGUGUUUCUGAGAGCCUGAGCUCUAUUUGUUUAUAAUAAAUGAAAACAUUU